AUGGACCCAGAGAAGACGUUGACAUUCUGCCACGGGCUCACGGCUGAGGAGAUGACCAUGUCGCUGCAAGGGCUGGUUGGAAUGGAGACGGUGACAGUGGCGGUCUCACAGAAAGAAGCUGACAUCAGUAUGCCCAAUAAGGUGGUGAAAAAUUAUGAUUCUAACAGCCUGCCAGUCCCAAUCAGUUCCAAGUACUGCCCAGGGUUAAACAACAAGCCGGGAUACCUGUGUGAAACGGGCCACUGCUGUGGAGAGACAGGCUGCUGCACCUACUACUAUGAACUCUGGUGGUUCUGGCUGCUGUGGACUCUCCUGAUUCUUUUCAGCUGUUUCUGUGCUUACCGUCAUCGCCGUGCCAAGAUGAGAAUCCAGCAGCAGCAGCGACAGAGGGAGAUCAACCUCAUCGCCUAUAAUGGAGCCUACUCUUCCUCAAUGCUUGAUCUCAGUUUUCUGGCUUCCUUCAAGUUGCCAUCUUAUGAGGAGGUGGCAGCACAGCCCUGCACCCCUCCUCCCUCCUACAGCUCUGUGUUUGCCCUGCAGGGAGGAUCUAUGGGCGGCCCUAGUUCCUCAUACCUCCACCACCACAAUCACUGCCACCCUUACCCACCCUUCCCUCCCUGCCCUCCCUAUCUGGGUCCUGGUCCAAGUGGCUUCACAUCCUCUCAGAGCUCCGAAAACUACACAAGUUGCUCUUGUGAAUCCUGCUCCAUCACCUCACCCUCCAGCACAUCCUUCUCUUUUCAAGUGACAGACGAGACCUACGACAGCAGCCGCAUGUCCACACCUAGCGACCCGGGAGACAAGGCCAUGUUCCCGCCCUCUGCCCUGGCUCUAACACUGCCCCCUCCAGAUGUCAUCCCGACGGUCAAACAAGAUGUGAAACCCGUACAGAAACUAUCAUCCUCAGCUCAACAGCUUUCUCUUCCUUCACAGUCUCUUAAUGCCCAAGGUCCUUCACGACACUAUCGCCACCCCCUGUCACCGCUCAUUCUCCUGUCCAACCUUCCGUCCGCUCAAGUUCACCCUCUUGCUUUUCCAAACCCGCUUGGCGCCAUUACUGAAAAGAAAGAAAAAUCCCAGAACGAAGUGUCAAAUUCUGCUAUGCACCCGCUCAAACCCACCAUCUACUCUGCAACCAACACGGAAACGCAUGCUAAAACAGACGAAGAGUUUGAAGAUGAUGAUGAUGAAGACCAUUUUCGUCACAGAAGACUAACUGGGGAUUCUGGGAUCGAAGUUUGCCGCUGCCACAUGAAACGAGCCGAGCAUAAGGAAGAGACGACGGCUCAGUCACCUCACCGGGAAGACUGCGCUGAACGGAGCAGCCUGUCGCCGACUUGCAGUGUGAGCCUCAAGGCAGGUGAAACCAUCAUUACUAUGGAGUCAUCGUAG